AUGCCGUUACCCUCUGUGGCGGAGGAAGGUGAGAAUGAUAAUGCAGACACGGCUAAGGAAGCAGAGGCAGAGUCGAUCGACUCAUCCAAGCCAGAAAGUUCCAUUGAGCCAGCACAGAUGAAUGGUAGUGAUAAUGAUCACGGCGAAGAAGUGAAUGACCCCCGCAUCCGCAUGCCCUUCAGCCCGGACGCGUGGAAUGAAGAACAAAAAGUCCGCGAACAGCAAUACCAGCUUCUGGACCCCUUGCCAAUCCCGCCAGUGCACGUACCGAUGGCACUUCCCUACAUAAGUCAAUCACCCUCCUCCGCCUCCAACCUCAAUCCGCUCAAUCUUGCACCCCAUGAAAUACUAGCCCUCAGUACCGCAGGUAAUACAAAUAACGAGAACGCCCACGACGGGAUCACACAGCCCCUAUCAGGAAUGAUCAAGAGUAAAGCUCAAGCAGACGCUGAUGUGGACAAGGAAUUUGUGGAUCUCGCGCAACGGAUUCAGUUGCUAGAUGCCUACAAUCGGAGCCGCGACGAUGCCAUUUGCGAUCUCAAGAAUACUAGCAAUCACAAUCAUAAUCGCCACGGCGGCAUUGGCAAUGGGGAUGGAAUUUUAUCACCAUCACCGGUGGCCCUGAUGAGGCGGAAACGCGACAUCUAUGAUUUCCAGGGAAACGAUGAGGUGUUUGAGGAGAUUGUGGAUAGGAUUACUGGAAGGAAGAGGCGGGUCCCGUAUGGAGGGGAGCCCCACGCGUUUUGA